AUGUGCGACCGAAAGGCGGUGAUCAAAAAUGCGGACAUGUCGGAAGAGAUGCAACAGGACUCGGUGGAGUGCGCUACCCAGGCGCUGGAGAAAUACAACAUAGAGAAGGACAUUGCGGCCCAUAUCAAGAAGGAGUUUGACAAGAAGUACAAUCCCACCUGGCACUGCAUCGUGGGGAGAAACUUCGGUAGUUAUGUGACACAUGAAACCAAACACUUCAUCUACUUCUACCUGGGUCAGGUGGCCAUCCUUCUGUUCAAAUCUGGUUAAAAGCAUGGACUGUGCCACACACCCAGUGAUCCAUCCAAAAACAAGGACUGCAGCCUAAAUUCCAAAUAUCAGAGACUGAAAUCUUCAGCCUUGCUAAGGGAACACCUCAAUCUUUGAACCUUUAUUGUGUUUUGUACAGGGCAUUCUCUGUACUAGUUUGUUGUGAUUAUAAAACAAUUAGUAAAACAG